UAGAAGAGGAGGAAGCCGGAAGUGCCUCGGCCCGGGUCUGUCUGGGCGUUGCGGGAUUCGGGCCUGGGAUCGCUCGGCCCCGGGCAGCUGAGAAGCCCGUGACGGGCCGGAGUGGCGCCAUUCCUGCCCUGAGGCCUGCUGACCGCCCCGCGUCGGCGACCCAGUACAUUGCUCUCCCUGGGACAGGCAGGCUCUGCGCGCCCCGCGGAGGUCGGCGGCGAUCAGCAGUGACCGCAGAGCGACGGCGGGCGGCCCUGGGCAUGUAUGCCCCGGGAGGCGCUGGGCUGCCUGGCGGGCGCCGGCGGAGGAGCCCGGGAGGCAGCGCUCUGCCCAAGCAGCCGGAGCGUAGUCUGGCUUCGGCCCUGCCUGGUGCCCUGUCCAUCACGGCGUUAUGCACUGCCCUCGCCGAGCCCGCCUGGUUGCACAUCCACGGAGGCACCUGUUCCCGCCAGGAGUUGGGGGUCUCCGACGUGCUGGGCUACGUGCACCCGGACCUGCUGAAAGAUUUCUGCAUGAACCCCCAGACAGUGCUGCUCCUGCGGGUCAUUGCUGCCUUCUGCUUCCUGGGCAUCCUGUGUAGUCUCUCUGCAUUCCUUCUGGAUGUCUUCGGGCCCAAGCAUCCAGCCCUGAAGAUCACCCGGCGCUAUGCCUUUGCCCAUAUCCUCACUGUCCUGCAGUGUGCCACUGUCAUUGGCUUUUCUUACUGGGCUUCUGAACUCAUCCUGGCCCAGCAGCAGCAACAUAAGAAGUACCAUGGCUCCCAGGUCUACGUCACCUUUGCUGUUAGCUUCUACCUGGUGGCAGGAGCUGGUGGAGCCUCAAUCCUGGCCACUGCUGCGAAUCUCCUGCGCCACUACCCUACAGAGGAAGAGGAGCAGGCCCUGGAGCUGCUGUCUGAGAUGGAGGAGAAUGAGCCC